CCCGGAGUUGUUUGACAAACGCAAUCGAUCCGUCAGUAAGUGCGCCGCUGCGCGUGACAUGAUACAAAAACGGUCAGUACGACUACAAUGAGUGCAAUGGAAAAAACGGAAAAUGUCAGACCAAGAGGUCUCGGCAUUCGUCACGUGCAGACGCUGCUGCUGUUCUUCGGAAUGAUCCUGGCGUUCACCAUGAGGGUCAACAUGAGCAUAGCCAUCGUAGCCAUGACCGCCAAUACUACGGGUAAACUGACGGAAACUUAUUCUGCGCCCCCUACGUUCGACUGGUCGCACAGUAUCCAGGCGGUGAUCCUAUCCUCCUUCUUCUGGGGCUACGUGGUGCUGCAAAUCCCAGCCGGAACUUUGGCCCGUCGCUUUGGAGGAAAAAUCCUGAUCACCAUCUCACUCACUGUCAAUUCCCUGACGUCAUUCUUCCUGCCGGUCGCUGCUAAAUACGGUGGAUGGCAGUUGGUCUGUGCAUGCCGGAUCCUCCAAGGCCUGACCCAGGCUUUUGUGUACCCUUGCAUGCAUCACCUAAUCAGCCAAUGGAUACCCCUGGAAGAAAAGGGGCUCUUGAGCACUAUUAUUUAUGCAGGUGGACAGCUAGGCAUCGCCAUCCAGUUGCUGGUCGGAGGUAUGAUCGCCUCAGCUUGGGGGUGGCCUGCUAUCUUCUAUACGAACGGCUCGUUGGGUGUUAUAUGGGUGGUCGCGUACCUUGUCUUCGGGUCCGCCACUCCUGAGCAGUCCAAGAUCAUUUCGGAGCAGGAACUGGGAUAUAUACAGAGGUCGUUGGGAAGAUUCGGUGAACAAAAACACUAUCCAGUUCCGUGGAAGAAGAUAAUGACCUGCCUUCCGUUUUGGGCUGUCAUCGUGGCCCACUGCGGCCAGAAUUGGGGCUUUUUCACACUCAUGACUGAGAUGCCAUCGUACAUGAGCAAAGUCCUUGGCUUUGAGUUGAAAAGGAAUGGUAUAUUGUCGUCACUUCCAUAUUUGGCGAUGUAUCUCCUGAGUUUUCCCAUGGGGUCAAUGACUGAUCGUAUACUGAAGAAGAAUUGGCUCAGUGUCACUAACACGAGGAAGUUAUUUAACUCGAUAGGACUGUUCGGACCCGCCAUUGCUCUGAUUGGACUGUCAUACACCUCAGCGAACAACCUCGUCCUGGCUGUCAUCAUGUUGACGCUGUCUGUCGGCAUUAACGCUGGUCAAUACACGGGAUACAUGUUGGUGCACAUCGACUUGGCUCCCAACUUCAGUGGCAUACUGAUGGGUAUCACCAACUUCUUGGCCAACAUCGUGUCCAUUAUCGCCCCGCUAGUGUGCGGCUUUAUCGUCACUGAUGAAAAAGAUCCAUCCGAGUGGCGCAAGGUUUUCUUCGUGGCGUCCGGCGUGUACGUUGUCUGCAAUUUGUUCUUCAUAUUCUUCGCAACAUCAGAACGGCAGCCGUGGAACGAACCAAAGGAAGCCGAUGUCGAAUUGGAAGCAGUCGCAAACGAAAAGAAAUGCUGACAUUAUUUGGUACGAUUUAAGUAAAAUUUCUAUUUAUUUUAGUACCUGAAUAAGUUUGUAAAUAAACUGUACUUAUAGGUGAAACUUUGCUAAAUGUUAAAACUUUAAUCACCUUCUGCUCACAACAGUUACGAGCGGGCGAAUAAAUUUGUUCGCUCGGUAAAUGAGCGCAUCGAAAACAGAUGAAUCAUAGCUGAGGUCCGAGUCUCAGAGACGCCCUCUAGUACAGCCGACCCCUCAGGUUCGAGUGGUCUAGAGGCUCCAGACGGAGAGGAGACUCCCCCCGUGGGGAGAUGCCAUCCGCCUGGAAUGCCUCUAGAGAUACUCGCCAAUACUCGGCUUGAGGCCCCUUAGGAUCUCGCCGUCCCCAAACCCGGUGACGCUGUAAAAGUGGAGACCUGUUGGUCUCAGAUGACUUAUAUAGCGUCACGCUAAAAAAAAAGAUAAAUCGCAUCCGAUACGUACUUCGAUGCCAAGUGAAUGUCAGUAUAGCGAGUAUCGUAGUAUUACAGGAUGUGACGCGAUACGAAUUACGACAGAUGCGAGUUUUGUGUGGACGUGUUACUUCGAUACAUUGAUAAACUGUAAUUGUAGCUCUAGCAACACAGUAACACGGUAUAUUUCUCUAUUUUCCUAGGAAGACACUGCACUUAAUGUGUAAAUGAGGGUUUGUAAAAAUAUUAUUCCAUUCCAUCCCGUUACAUUCCAUUCCAUUCCAUCCCGUUACAUUCCAUUCCAUUCCAUCCCGUUACAUACC